CAAUGGAAAAUGAAGAGAACAUAAAAGACAGAAUCACCUAAGAUGAGGUUCGACAUAGACAUAGUUCUACAAAACCUGACUUUAGACGGCAAAGAGUUGUCCACCUCCAUGUAUCUAACCGACGCUUAUGUUAACCGGACUUUUGAACUCAACGAGACCAAUGAUUUUGUGUAUUCCAAUCAGUUCAAUGAUCCAUUGAUAGUGUUACUGAUUGUACUAAAAUGUGCCAUCAUGCUGUUUAUAAUCCUCGCGGCCAUCUUAGGCAAUUUGCUUGUGAUAGUAUCAGUAAUGAGGCACAGAAAAUUACGGGUUCUGACGAACUAUUUCGUCGUCUCACUCGCGUUGGCAGACAUGUUGGUUGCCAUUUGGGCGAUGUGUUUCAACUUUAGCGUCGAAAUAACGAACGGGGAAUGGCUGUUUGGGUACUUCAUGUGCGACGUUUGGAAUUCUCUGGACGUCUACUUUUCCUCUGCAUCGAUACUCCAUCUGUGUUGCAUCAGCGUGGACAGAUACUAUGCGAUCGUCCAACCGUUGGAUUACCCUCUCAUCAUGACUCCUGGAAGAUUAGGCAUCAUGCUAGCGGUGGUCUGGUGUAGUCCAGCACUGGUGUCGUUCCUGCCGAUCUUCAUGGGCUGGUACACCACGAAUGAGCAUUUAGAGUUCAGGAGACGCCACCCCAAGGUGUGCAGUUUCACUGUGAACAAAGUGUACGCGGUGGUGUCCAGCAGUGUCAGCUUUUGGAUACCCGGUGUCAUCAUGAUAUUCAUGUACUAUAGAAUAUACAUGGAGGCGGAUCGACAGGAGAGGAUGCUGUACAGAAGUAAAGUAGCAGCUCUGCUUCUGGACAAGCAUCUCCAGAUCAACGGAAUAUCCAUGGGUGACAUGAUGAGGGAGCGCCACAGCAUACAGAUGCACCAGGCGAGCAGCAAGAUGAAGAGGGAGAGGAAAGCCGCGAGGACGCUGGGCAUCAUCAUGUCAGCUUUCCUGGCGUGCUGGCUGCCGUUUUUUCUAUGGUACAUAAUAACGGCACUAUGCGGCGAGGCAUGUCCGUGCCCACCGUCAGUGGUAGCCGCUAUGUUCUGGGUGGGCUAUUUCAACAGCGCCCUCAACCCGCUCAUAUACGCCUACUUCAACAGGGACUUCAGGGCUGCGUUUAGGAAGACCCUGGACUCUUGUUGCAGGUCCAUAUGCGGAGACAUCACCUGUCCCAAGACGCGUCGGGACCACCACUCCAAUGCCUCCUCUGAUAUGCACCUCAACAACUGCGUCAAGUCAACUUCAGCUGACGUACUGCGGAUACAGGCCAAACCUGACGAGUUUGGCACGUUAUAGGCCAAGCUGAAAGG